AUGAAUUCAGCAAUUGGAGCAACGGGAGUUGCCGUUGCGUUAGGGUCAGCGUAUCUCGAUGCCAAGUACCAUAUCACGAAGGAUAUCAGUCUUCUCUCAGAGGUCAUUACAGCAAGGAGGGAUACCCGAAGUAGAGGUGUAGUGAGAAAGGGACAGGUGUCCCUGUGGUUUCGGUUUCUCGAGUCAGCGGCCAAGUUCCCAGCCUCGGACGCGAUUUGGACGCGAGAACGGUGUUAUACAUUCUCAGAAUGUCUCACGAGGUGUUGUCAGUACGCCUCCUUCCUCCGCGAUCUUGGAGUGGUCACCGGCCAAGCGGUGGCAAUGUAUAUGUAUAAUUCGCCAGAUUUUCUCUUCAUGUGGCUCGCAUGCUAUGCGGUUGGUUGUUCUCCGGCGUUUCUCAACUACAACCUGACGGGGAACGCCCUCCUCCACACUUGGCAAGUCGCCAAAACGAAUUUCCUUAUCGCGGACGGAGACCUGGUGGUCAACUUGGACUGCAUCAAAGAGGUCCUGAACGCCAACCAGAGGAUUGUGAUCCUGAGCGAAGCGCAAAAGUCUUCAAUAUACAGCCUCGCCACACAAUUGCCCGAUGACCACCUUGCGAGGAGUGUGCGACCAGAUGAUCAAAGUAUGAUGCUAUACACAAGUGGGACCUCGGGGUUUCCCAAAGCCUGCUCCUGGACCCAUCACUUCCUAGCAGAUGCCGUCUCUGCAAGGUUGCACAGCAAAGUGUGUACGACGCCAGGCCCCAAUGGGGACAGAUGGUAUGUCUGUAUGCCGCUGUACCACGGAACAGGCGGCAUUGGAGCGAUCACAGCGCUUUGUGGGGGGAUUACCGUUUGUCUGGUGGAGAAGUUCAGUGUCACAAAGUUUUGGGAAGACAUCAGAAAAUCUUGUGCCACUCUAUGCAUAUAUGUUGGCGAGACAGCAAGAUAUCUGCUCUUACCGCCGCCGAGUCAGCUAGAUAAAGAACACAACCUCCAGGUCAUGUUUGGUAAUGGAAUGCGGCCAGACGUCUGGACCAAAUUCCAGGAUCGAUUUGCUGUUCCAAUGAUAGUAGAAUUCUUUGGCGCCAGCGAAGGUGUGUUUGGCCUGCAAACCCGUGCCAAAGGACCCUUCCUCGCGCACUCAGUCGGGCAUGACGGUCUGCUUAUCCGCUUCAUCAUGCGCAACAAAUACUUUGCCGCCGCCAUUGACCCGGAUUCAGGGGACAUCCAAAGGGAUCCAGUCACGGGAUUAGUGGUGGAAAGUCCUCUGAGGACAGGUGGCGAGAUCCUAUUUGCUCUAGAGAAGGAGAAGGAUUUUCGAGGAUACUUUGACAACCAAGAGGCCACGGAGAAAAGGCUGGCACGCAACGUCCGUUGUCCGGGAGACCUGUAUUACCGCACCGGUGAUGCACUGCGGAGAGAUUCUGAAGGACGUUGGUUUUUCAUGGACCGUCUCGGUGACACAUUUCGCUGGAAGAGCGAAAAUGUGAGCACAUCAGAAGUUUCAGGCAUCUUCGGCAGCUUUCCCAAGAUAAAGGAAGCUGUCAUUUACGGCGUUUUGAUCCCACAUCACGAUGGCCGAGCGGGUUGUGCACGCGUCGUCAUCGCUGAGCAGGACCAACCACAUUUCGACUACCGCUCUUUAGCGAGCCAACUCCGAGCACGACUACCUAAAUACGCGGUUCCUAUCUUCCUGCGAGUCUCAACGACCCAUGCCCCGACGACAGGCAACAAUAAAAUUGUCAAGGGACAGCUCCAGAAAGAAGGUAUAGACCAUGCGAAAUUUGCUAACGGCGACAAGAUGCUGUGGUUGCUACCCGAAGCAGAUGCGUAUGUGGAGUUCACUCCAACUGACUAUAAUCAGCUUACCAUGGGCAAAAUCAAAUUAUAA